AUCCUUGCAGAUCACCGUCAAGUGUUGAAGAGCGUAGAGUGAUUGUGCCAAUAGUAGGGAUAAAGGAUUACAUUUAGGAUUAGGAUGUAUCGGUUUGUAACGGGUCAGAUCUUCGCAGCGUUUUGCUGCAUGUCACUACUUCCGCAACUUUUGUACCGAUCCGUAUCAGUGGAGGGCCAACACCAACCUGGGGAUGAAACCUGUGAAACUCUUCCGUCGGAAAUUCAUUUGAUAAAAGAGGAGUACGAUGAGCUGGGCCGUCUCUAUCGAACCUGUAACGGGGAUGUAACGGUGAACAAAUGCGAAGGCAAGUGCAACAGCCAGGUGCAACCGUCGGUGAUUACCGCCACCGGGUUCCUCAAGGAGUGCUACUGCUGCCGGGAAACGUUCCUGCGCGAGCGCCAGCUGCAGCUGACUCAUUGCUACGAUCCGGAUGGUGUCCGCAUGAUGGACCACGACUCGGCAACGAUGGAAAUCCACAUGAAGGAACCGAUCGAUUGCAAAUGCUACAAGUGUGGUGAUUUGGUUCGCUAAGUUGGUCGACCCCAGUGGAUAGUGUUCACAAUUGUCACUUGUAAUAAAGAUAAGAUGACCAUUUUUUUCUGUUAUUGUUUAUCGUCACUGCUCGGAAUCGUUAUCGCUAGUGUAUUGAAUUUAAAUGAUGUAUUCAAGUGAAACACAGUGUAGUUGUAAUCAACUAUUGAAAAUAAAAACUUAUGCUGCAACAUCA